AUGGCCAUGGACAAAAUCCCACAAGAGUGUCGCGGCAUGAUCAGCUCCUUUCUCACCAAACAGGAUCGCCUGAAUCUUUCGUUGACCUGCAAAAAGUUCUACAACUACUUUGACUCAACCAAUUGGAGAGAGGUCAAGUUUUGCGGCUAUAUCGAUCAUCUAUCUCCCAUCUUCAAGUUCUUUCUUGAUGAGAAGUAUGACGAGAAACAUAAGCGUAUAAGAAAGGCGACUAUUCACAUACAGGGUUGGAGCAAGUCUUACCCAUCAUCUGCCGACCCUAUUAAGCUCCUUGUCGAUAGUCUCUCGAAGAUGGUCGAAGUCAAGGAGAUUAUUCUGUAUGAUGAGAGACGCUUUUGUCUUCCUAUAAAUGGUGCUCAAUUCGCUCGUAUUCUGACCGGGACCCCUCGAUGGAAUACGGUCACAACACUCUGCCUGGAAUGUUCAACGCCCAUCGCUCUUGCUGCUCUCAACCAUUGCGAUCGUGACGUUCUGAAGAGUGUGUCACUUAAUGCCUGGUCCCAAAGCAUCAACGACACAAGCGACGAGUACUUAGAUCUCCGGUCUAUGUAUUCAGCUCAGCCGCAGUCACUCAAGGCCCUCUCCUUAUGCUUCAAGCCCCAUUCGGAACACUACAACAUGGGCCUAGUGGCUGAAGAAUACAUAGAUGGGGUGCAUCAAACCGUGAAGGAUUUCCCUGGUCUCAAGCAUCUGUACAUUCAUGGAUCCCGCCUACUCAAACAUUGUAAACGCCUGGGGCCCCUUGACGAACCCUUCCAUCAAUGCUACUGGUACUUCGACAGCGAUGUUGACAGGCUCUGUCAAGCGUUGAACAGUUCUAAUGUCGAGCAUUUUGCCAUCGGUCUUAAUUUAGACUGCUUUGACGAUGAGUUUCUAGCCCUUUCCAUCGCCAUAGGUGUACAAGGGCAAUCAGAAGCCGAAUGUGAGCACCUAUUUGACGAAAAUGACUAUGUCGACGACAGCCUUAGUUUCGACGAAGAUGAUCUCGUCCAGUGGAAUGUCAAUCUUACCAACCGCAUCAUCAGCGCUUGCCCAAACUUGCGUACAGUGAGGGUAUACUAUGAAUCCAGCGGACAAUGCUAUUGUCCCGCUUGCAGACGCGGACUUGGAGCUUGUAUCUAUGGCUACCGCCUUGAUAAUGGAGGGACGUUCACCGAGUUACGCGAGGGGGAAUAG